AUGGCUGCCGCCGAACAACCUCAGGUCGAGAACCGUCCCCCGCCUUCACGGAUGAGAGUUGCCCUGGUGGUGCUCUUCCAUUCAUCAUGUGCUAUCUGGAGCACUAUUCUAUCCAAGUCGGCCCUCAAUGGUGUUGAGGCCCCCGUCACAUUGCUUGCUCUCCAGACAACGAUACAAGUAGUACUGCUCACAAUUAUUGGAGUUGCUACAGGAUGGGUCAAGCUGAACAGACCACUCAAUGCUUGGAUUGCUCUUCUACCCCUCACGGUCGCGCGUCUCAUUGGAAUCUUGGCCAAGACAUACUGCCUCGCCUCGGUCAACGCCUCCGUCUACCAGAUCGCCCGUGGUCUUCUACUACCAUUUACUCUCUUCCUGUCUCUGCUGGUUCUUCGACCUCGUCCUUACUACCCUCCUAUCUCCCUCGUCGGCUGCGCCAUGGUCAUGGCUGGUUUCGGAACUGGAAUGAUGGCCGACUACAGCCAGAUGCUUACUUCCGGCAAGGGUGUUCUCCUCGGUGUCGGAUCUAGUUUCACCACCGCCGUCGAGUCCGUUGUCGUCAAGCGAUUCCUGGGUAAGAGCCAGGAGGGUAUGUGGCAGAUGGUCUGGAUGUCCAACUGUAUGGCCGUCCUUUUCUAUAUUCCUCUCUUCCCUCUUUCUGGGGAGAUGAACACUAUGAGCAGCCUUUUCACCGUCGAGUCCAUGGAUGUCGCCCGCCAGUUCCUCAGCUCCGCCUGUUUGACCGGUGUCUCGGCCUUCCUCCUUACUAUCGCCACUUUUAUGCAAAUCGAGGUCACUAGCCCGACCACACACAUGAUCGUCACUGCCGCUCGAGGUGUUGCCCAGAGCUCUCUCGCCGUUGUUUUGCUCGGUGAGGUUUUGACUGCCGAUCGCGCCGGCAGCAUGGCUCUUAUUCUUGCCGGAAGUGCCCUCUACGGCUGGGCCCGAGACCGAUACCAGCAGGCCAAGAAGGCCGCUGGCAGCUACCAGCUUUUGCCUCGCGAAGAGGAGGGCCGAGCUGAAAUGGUGGACAGCAAGGAAGCCAAAGAUCUCAAGCGAUAA